UGGAUCAUUUCGCUGCGAGCCACCGACGAGUUAGUACGGCGACCUACUUAAAUCUAAAUAAAAUUAUUUAAAUAAACCCAUAAACCAAUGGCGUUCCUCAACAAGCUAGCUGCGCCUGCCCUGCGCCAGCUGGUGGCCCAAAGUCGCUCUUAUGCCGCCGUCUCUCAUGUCUCGCCCAAUGGCACUUCCUUUGCCCUCACCGAGGAGCAGCAGCAGCUGCAGGAGCUGGCCCGUAAGUUCACUCGUGAGGAGAUCAUCCCAGUGGCUGCCCAAUACGACAAGAGCGGCGAGUACCCGUGGCCCAUCAUCAAGAAGGCCUGGGAGCUGGGUCUGAUGAACAAUCACAUUCCCGCUGAUCUGGGUGGCAUGGAUCUGGAUGUGUUCACCACCUGCCUGACGGCCGAGGAGUUGGCCUAUGGCUGUACCGGCAUUAUGACCGCCUUGGAGGCCAGUGGUCUGGGCCAAACACCUGUGAUCUUGUCCGGUAACAAGGAGCAGAAGAAAAAGUAUUUGGGUCGUCUGCUGGAGGAACCUCUGGUGGCCGCCUAUGGUGUCACAGAGCCCGGAGCUGGAUCCGAUGUGAGUGGCAUCAAGACUCGCGCCGAAAAGAAGGGCGACGAGUGGGUGAUCAACGGCCAAAAGAUGUGGAUCACCAACGGUGGUGUGGCUAACUGGUAUUUCGUGCUAGCCCGUACCAAUCCCGAUCCCAAGUGCCCGGCCAGCAAGGCCUUCACCGGCUUCAUUGUGGAGCGUGAUUCCCCUGGUCUAACGCCCGGUCGCAAGGAAUUGAACAUGGGACAGCGCGCUUCCGACACACGUGGCAUCACCUUCGAGGAUGUGCGUGUGCCCAAGGAGAAUGUGCUGAUUGGCGAGGGAGCCGGCUUUAAGAUUGCCAUGGGCACCUUCGACAAGACCCGUCCCCCAGUGGCCGCCGGUGCCGUGGGCCUGGCCCAACGCUGUAUGGAUGAGGCUCUUAAGUACGCGCUGGAGCGCAAGACCUUUGGAGUACCCAUCGCUCACCAUCAGGCUGUGCAGUUCAUGCUGGCGGAUAUGGCCAUCGGUGUGGAAACCUCCCGCCUUGCGUGGCGCCUGUCCGCCUGGGAAAUCGACCAGGGACGCCGCAACAGCUACUACGCCUCCAUCGCCAAGUGUCAUGCCGCUGAUAUGGCUAACAAGAUUGCCUCCGAUGCUGUCCAGAUCUUUGGCGGCAAUGGCUUCAAUAGCGAAUAUCCUGUGGAGAAGCUGAUGCGUGAUGCCAAGAUCUAUCAGAUCUAUGAAGGCACCUCCCAGAUCCAGCGUCUCAUCAUCUCGCGAAACAUGUACGAGGCUGCUAAGAGCAGCAUGUAAUGUACAAUGUCCAAGGACUCCUUAUCGCCGCCAUUCACCUCAGCCACCCUCAUGCUCAUUUUUAGAUCACAUUCACAAAAUCGAUAAAUAAAAUAAGUAAUAAUUAAAA